GCCUCACGGUACGCCUGCCUUAAGCCUCCCCGGAGGUCCGGGCCGUCUGGUUUAAGGGUUCCCACCGAGCGUUGUUUUCCAGUUCGGGCACCGGAGCAUGUCCUGAUUGGCGCGGUAGGGACCCAUUUGAGAUAGGAACCACUUCCUGAAGCGCGAGGCAGGAAGUUAUCUGGUACCUCUGGAGUCCGGUGGAGAAAGUGCUGUCUGCCUCACUGGUGACGGCGAGAGCUGGAGGUGGGUUGGGAGACAGGCCUUUUGGUCGCCCUCCUUCGCUUCUCCCCAGCUAGAAGCCGGUUUUCAUCGCAGCACCACGGCCCUGGUGUCCAGUCCUGAGCCUGGCGCGGCUGCCCGGGAGCCUCCUUCAGGUUCCUUGAAGCCGCUCCCAGGGGUACCUACCCAGGCAUCACCUAGGCCACCAACCAGGGGACUGGCUCCCUUCAGCACUCUGGAGCGCAGUAAGAAGUGCCCUUAUCGCUCCACCCCCUGUCCCCGCUCCUCAGACCACCGAGACCCUGGUCCAGAGCGACUGCCUUGGACCUGGGACUAGAACGGAUCCAAAACGCUCAGCCUCGGCCCACCACAGACGGGACUCUGCAUUGUCUCUAAUAUGUCGCCCACCAUCUCUCACAAGGACAGCAGUCGGCAACGGCGGCCGGGGACUUUCAACCAUUCCCUGGAUAUGAAGACCGGUCCUCUGCCGCCCGGCAGCUGGGAUGACAGUCAGCCGGACUCGGUGGGCGGGGAAGAGGACAGAGAAGCUCUUCUGAGGGAUGCUGACCCUGGUGACUUCUUGAAAGCCCCGCGGAGCUGUCGAGCCGAAAUAAGCAGCAUUUUGCUACUGCUCUUUCUUUACGUGCUCCAGGGCAUCCCCUUAGGCCUGGCGGGAAGCAUCCCACUUAUUUUGCAGAGCAAAAAUGUUAGCUAUACAGACCAAGCUUUCUUCAGUUUUGUCUUUUGGCCCUUCAGUCUCAAAUUGCUCUGGGCCCCUUUGGUUGAUGCAGUUUACUUCAAGAACUUUGGUCGUCGAAAAUCCUGGCUUGUCCCUACACAGUAUGUACUAGGACUCUUCAUGAUAUUUUUAUCCACUCAAGUGGAUCAUUUGCUCGGGAAUGCCGAUGGCAGAACACCUGAUGUAGUUGCCCUUACUGUGACAUUCUUUUUAUUUGAAUUCCUAGCCGCAACUCAGGACAUCGCUGUGGAUGGUUGGGCGUUAACUAUGUUAUCCCGGGAAAACGUGGGUUAUGCUUCCACUUGCAAUUCAGUGGGCCAAACAGCAGGCUACUUUUUGGGCAAUGUUUUGUUUUUGGCUCUUGAAUCUCCCGACUUUUGUAACAAAUAUUUGCGGUUUCAACCUCAACCCAAGGGAAUCGUUACUCUUUCAGAUUUUCUUUUUUUCUGGGGAACUGUAUUUUUAAUAACAACAACUUUAGUCGCCCUUCUGAAAAAAGAAAACAAAGAAGUAUCAGUAAAAGAAGAAACACAAGGGAUCACAGAUACUUAUAAGCUGCUUUUUACAAUUAUAAAAAUGCCAGCAGUUCUGACAUUUUGCCUUCUGAUUCUAACGUCAAAGAUUGGUUUUUCAGCAGCAGAUGCAGUAACAGGACUGAAAUUGGUAGAAGAGGGAGUACCUAAAGAACAUUUAGCUUUACUGGCAGUUCCAAUGGUUCCUUUGCAGAUAAUACUGCCUCUGAUUAUCAGCAAAUAUACUGCAGGUCCCCAGCCACUAAACAUAUUUUACAAAGCCAUGCCCUACAGAUUGUUGUUUGGAUUAGAAUAUGCCCUGCUAGUUUGGUGGACUCCUAAAGUAGAGCACCAAGGAGGAUUCCCUAUAUAUUACUAUAUUGUAGUGCUGCUGAGUUAUGCCUUACAUCAGGUUACGUUAUACAGCAUGUAUGUUUCCAUAAUGGCUUUCAAUGCAAAGGUUAGUGAUCCACUUAUUGGAGGAACAUAUAUGACUCUUUUAAAUACUGUGUCCAAUCUGGGAGGAAACUGGCCAUCUACAGUUGCUCUUUGGCUGGUGGAUCCCCUCACAGUGAAAGAGUGUGUAGGGGCAUCAAACCAGAAUUGUCGAUCAAUUGAUGCUAUUGAGCUUUGCAAAAAACUUGGUGGCUCUUGUGUUACAGCACUGGAUGGUUAUUAUGUGGAAUCGAUUAUUUGUGUUUUUAUUGGAUUUUGUUGGUGGUUCUUUCUUGGACCAAAAUUUAAAAAGUUACAGGAUGAAGGACCAUCUUCGUGGAAGUGCAAAAGGAGCAAUUAAUGCAUAGACUGUUGGAUGUUCUAGAAGGUAAUUAUAGGUUGGUUUUAAUUGAGAGAGCUAUGGUAAUCCGUGCACAGGAAUAUAAAAUAUUAUUUUAAACAAGGAAAUUAUUAAGAUAAAAUGCCAAAUGGUUGAAAAAUAGAACCUCUUGGUAUGUUUCAUCAAAUUUUUCUUUUGCUUUGUUAAUGUAUUUAAAGUUUACUUAAGGUCAGGAAAUUUGUUCUCAAACAGCUUUUCUAGCCUUGUUAUUUGAUUUAUGUCUUUGUAAUUUACUGACCAAAGCAUGUUUUAAGCUGCAGUGUGUAGUAGUCAUGGGUGGUAACCAUGCAGUCAAAUAUUGUUACCAAUACCUAUCAUUGAACUAUUUAAAAUUUCGGUAUGGUAUAUUAAAUGAAAGAGAGCUUGAUAUUCAGGAAGUAACUACAACUAAUCUGAAUUUAUUGGCAGUUAAAAGUCUUUUUUUUGACUUGUAAAUUGGUUAAAUUUCAUGUGGAAUUUGCUGAGAAGAGACUAUAGACUACUGAAACAUCAUUUAGUUGAUUUCUGAGCAUAACCACAGUGUACAAAUGAAUCUGUAUGAAAAAGACUAUUUUAAAUGUAUUUCCUGCUUUUGUAAAGCAUUAAAGAUUUAUAAGAAGAUAAUUCAAACUAUUUUUUAUAAAAUGAAAGCUACAAUUUUUUAAUUUAUUGAUUUCUUCCACCCCAUAUCCUUUUUUGGAAGCUACUUUGGUUCUUUGUUAACUUUUACCCUAAUGGUUAUGUAUUUUUUCGGUCACAAGGGCUUCAUGUUAGACAGCUAAUGAGGGGAUCAAAUUUAGUGUUGUAUGUAUGUUCAUGGCAAAGUUUUGAAAAUAAAAAUUAAAUGUCAUUCCUCAAGUCGUUUUUUUUUAUUACCAAGAAAAAUAUUACAGCUUUCCAAUUAAGUAAAAUUGAAAUGAGUAAUACCAUAAUUUAAAUAAAUAUUUUAAAGAAAGAGAGGGAGAGAUAUUUUGUGCCUUUGACAAACUAAAUCAUGUGGUAGGAGAAUGUUUCUUAAGCACUUUAUUAAUAAAAAUGAUCUCAUAAUACUUUAUGCCAAAUCAAGUACAGUACUGUAUCUUUUCUAUUUACUAAAACACAACGUUUUGUUUGUAAACUAUGCUUUCCAGUACAAAAAUUGUAUUCCAGGAGUGUCAGUUUUUGAGUAUAUUAGCAAUUUUCAACAUAUUUACACCCAGUAUGCUCUUGGCAUAUUUUGUGUUAAGUAUUACUCUGACUCUUUAGAAAUUAUGUAAAUUCUUUAAAAGUUAGGGGAAAAAGAAUCAGUUACGAGGUUUAGUUCAUUUUAUCUUUGUGGGAAAAUAUAUACUAACUUCUGAUUUUAUUUUAUAACAUAGGUUGAAUUUUAGAACAGGGUUUUUAUAAGUAAUGGAGAAUAAAUUGGGUGGGAGAAGAUGGCACACAGCAUCUGAAGGAAGAUAGGGGCAGUGGCCUCUAGAACACAUGCAUUACCUGUGUUAGGUAUGGAAGUCAGAUUGUGAAGAAUCACCUGGAAAAAUACUCAUCCUAGAGACAAGGAGGCUACACCAAACCAUAGACUACGGUACUCUGUCACAUGAUUUUCCAUUAUCAUGUAUUAUAAUCAAAAUGUUUACUUGAAUAAAGAAAAACCUACUUAACCCUCA